AUGCCUGUGAACUUUUUAGGUGCACUACUUGCUGAAGGAACCAGCGUGAUCCCUAAUUAUGAUGUGCUUAAAAUUGCUAUUCCCGCUGUGGUUGGUGUUGGCACACUCAAAUAUUACUUUUCUGGAGCCCGCAAUACCUGGGAACGCAAACUUCAUGGCAAAGUUAUUUUGAUUACUGGAGGUACUUCAGGAAUGGGAGCAGCGGUUGCUUCUGAUUUGGCACAACGUGGCGCGCAGCUGGUUCUGCUUGUGCGUGAAAUGACGCCCUGGGUUAUUGAAUACAUUGAAGAUUUACGUGAGUCUUCCAAAAACGCUCUGAUUUAUGCAGAAGCUUGUGAUCUCCAAUCCAUGUAUAGCGUGCGCAAAUUUGCCACCAAAUGGCUUGACAAUCAACCCCCACGACGACUCGACAUGGUUGUGUGCUGCGCAGGGCUUGCGUUGCCGCCUGGACAUGUACGUGAUGCAACACCACUGGAGGGUGUUGAGCCGCAGUACGCUGUCAAUUACCUGGCACACUACCACUUGCUAACUCUACUCACACCUGCACUUAAGAUUCAACCUCCGGACCGUGAUGUGCGCAUUGUACUCACCACUUGCGUUGCGAGUGUCAUGGGCGACUUUGACAUGUCCGAUGUGCAGUUCAAUAAACGGCCGUAUCCGUCGAUGCGCCCCUGGCGUGUAUUUGGAGCAGCAAAGCUGCAACUCGCAUUGUUUGGGUACGAACUUCAACGCAGAAUUAAUGCUUACGAGCGUAAAGACAAUAACCAAAGCCCCAAUCUGCGAGUAAUUAUUGUUGACCCUGGUUUGAUGCGCACUCCAUCCUUUCAACGAUUUGCAUCUCUUGGAUCACUUUGGGGGUUGCUAUUAUACUUGAUUUUGUGGCCUAUAUGGUGGUUGCUGCUCAAGGCUCCAAUCUCUGGCGCUCAAUCAACACUGCAUGCAACAAUGUCACCGGAGUUUGAGGAAAAGAAGGAGGUUUACUACGUGUCUGAGUGUACUGUACGUCCACCACCAUCACUACCCAUUUUUAAAGAUGUAGAGGCUCAAAAGAAGUUGUUUGAUGUGACUGAAGAGAUUAUUAAGGAAGCUGAGCAGCGUGGUGCAGUUGCCCGCAAGCGUGCAGAAGUUGAAAAGAAGGUUGAUGAGGUCAGGAGACAGCAAAAAGAAAGAAAGGAAAAGGAGGAAAAAGAAAAGUCUGAGAAUAAAGAUGAUGAAAAGAAAGAGGAAAAGAAAGAGGAUGAGAAAAAGGAUUAA